UGCAAUUUACACCAACUUACUGAAUUUUAGGAUUAUACAAUUUAGUAAUACAUUAGCAAAAGCUAUUUAUAAUUUUAUAUUCACCUCUUAUCUUUUUCUUACUUUCAAAUAAAUUCAGUGAGUAAUAUUAAAAUUUUAAAUUAAAAUUUUACUCAGUGUAGGUAAGUACCUACUACGAAUGCAAUGAUGCUCCCAAAUGGUCCAGUGCUCCCAGCGAAAUUGCAGGAUUUUACCAUUAUCCGCAUUUAAUGUCGCACUCGCACUAUCUCGAUAAUUUUGAUACUCUGCGGCCAGACAAAGAUUACGGGGUUAACUGUCAGUGUGUACUGUCACUGCCAAUUCUACAAUCAAUUUUCAAAAGUUCAAGCACCCUGCUACUGCAAGAUUUUUAACUUCCAAGAAUAAGUUACGUUUGUCCUUCAUGAGCAAUAAAUAUUUAAGUUUUCCUAAGUAUUUAGUUGAGUCGUAGAAAUUUUAUUUAAUGAACGAGUCAACUUUAUUUGGUCACGAGAGUGGUGGUCAAUCUCCGCCAGGCUCAGCCAGACAGGCAUCCGCGGCGCCGCACAAAUUUUCGCCAGAAGAAUUGCGUGUCUUGCAAGAAUGCAACACAGAAAGCUUCUUUCAACGAUCGCUGCCCUUAGGUACUAUGUUCGGUCUUGGUGCUUUCUUCGGUGUGCAACAAGGUCACUUCAAGCCCAACCCAAGAUUUGGUGCAUUCCCAAAGGUGACCUUAGCAGUGAUUGUGGGAUAUUUCUUGGGUAAGCUGUCUUACCAGCAAGCAUGUGCUGAGAAGUUGAUGGCUCUUCCAGGUAGUUACAUUGGUCAACUCCUCAGAGAAAGAAAAGAAGGAAAAUUUAGUGCCACACGCGCUCCCGCUCCACCUACAAUGUUUGGUGCAGCUCCAGGGGACAUAUAUUCAGAUGCAGGCCCUGGCAAUUCUCUGGAUCUUGAUACUGACCGACCAUUGUUCUCGGAGGACUCAUUUAAUGCAACCUCUGAAUAUGGUAAACCAUUAGAACCAGAAUUGUCGCCGCCCCGGCCCGUUCAGUCCUACGACGAGCUGCGCAGACUCAACCGCGGCGAGUACAAUGACGCCCGGCAGGAUCCUUAUAAAGUGGAUCCGAACAGUGCACCGGCCGUGACCCGCCCCAGUCCACGCCCAGCAACUCCAUCCGUCACUAACAAGUAUGGCGACGAAAUGGAAUAAUAGUUCGAUUUAGCAUUAGAUUAGGUGCUUAAGAACAAUGCCAGCAUAACUUUUGAACUUUGUUUUGUUUAAAUAAAAGUAUUUUACAGCGUU